CGAGCUGCGUGAAACUUUCGUCGGCUCCUGAAACAAUUUAUUAGUAAUAUUUGCGAAAACUCUAUAAAGAAGACAACAUUGUGAGAAUUGUUUGUGCAGCAUUGAACUUAUAAAUGUAGGCAUCUUUAUCAUCGUAAUGGCGUGUUUUAAAACAGCAUGCCUACCAUGUUUUCAAGCUAAAAUUCGUACGCUGGGAGGGCAGCUGGUUAGGACAAAGUUGCAACGGUUGCACGUAUUGGAAGCUGCCCGAAGUCGAGCGGUUGGACUUUGUACCAACCCGAUGGUUAUUACUCGAACAAUCUGCUGUUUGACUACGUGUGAUCCCGGGAGUAAGCAGCAUAAAAAUGACUCCUUUCUUAAGAAAUGUCAUGGAUUGACACCGACUAGUAGGAGACAGAACAGGAGAUCAUUCUCCUCUUCCUAUGAUCAUCAUCUUUCAAAUGUUCUUGUUGUUCCCAAAACAACAAGAUACAUGUUUGAGAAACAGCGCUUCGGUGGAGUCGAGACUGAAGAACAAAUUAGACGGAGGCUGCUGGAGAGAGGAUCAGACCUUGAUUUCCUGAAGGAUCGUCAUAGAGUUCACUCGGAAAACACAGAAAGAUGCAAGAACAUUCUCCAAAAGCUAGGUUUAGAGACAAGAACUGUUGACCGUUACCACUUCAACGAUGCUGCAGUCAGGUGGGCAGACCUCAUCGUAUCUAUGGGAGGAGACGGCACCUUCCUCCUAGCUGCAAGUAAGGUUUUAGACCAGACACCGGUGAUAGGGGUCAACACCGACCCCGAAGGGUCUGAGGGUCAUCUAUGUCUACCCAACAGAUAUACCUUUCUCUUUGAAGAUGCCAUGAAGAGGAUACUGUCUGGCGAUUUCAGGUGGAUGAGGCGUCAGAGGAUACGAGUGACCGUAGAUGGCCGCAUGGUCAACAAGGACCCCAUCGAUCUCCAUGAGCUGGAGCUGAGCUUCCCAGAGCACUACCACACCCAUAGCCAGCAGGAGAGGCGUAUGCACCAGGGACUGGAUUGUAUGGUCAAGGGACCUAGGGUGCUGCCUGUUAGAGCUCUGAAUGAGAUCUUCAUUGGAGAGUCACUCUCUUCAAGAAUGUCCUACUAUGAGAUGUCCGUGGAUGACGGCCCAAUGGAGAAACAGAAGAGUUCAGGGGUCACAGUGUCAACAGGAACUGGGUCAUCGUCAUGGUCUUUCAACAUCAACAAACUAUCUUGCCUAAGUGUAAAAGACAUCCUGAAAAUAACCAACGAAGAAACAGGCAGCAACCUAGCUACAGAGGACUGCACAGUGGAGAGGAUAGCAGACCGGUUCAACUCCUCUCUCCUGUUUGACGGUGCUGAUCCUCGCAUGGCAUACACGGUCAGAGAUCCCGUAACAAACAGAGUCUACCAGUCUGACAUGCCCAGGGGUUUUGCUAGGAAGAUCGUGAUGAGAUCUCGAUGUUGGGAUGCGUCUCUGGUCAUAGAUGCGGGAUCUUCCUUCAUCUUCAACGACGGGGCGAUCGCUACCAUGGAAAUCAACGAGAAGGAUGCGCUCAACACCGUCGAGUUAGAUUGAUGAUCAAGAAUUGAGUGUCCAUCUGUGGACUGAACAUAUGAGAUAGGUGGGCAAGAAGUCUAAGUGUGCCUCGAUGGAGCUUAACCAUCAAAAUAAAAAAGGAAA